GCUAGGAAUUGAACCCAGGUCCUCUGGAAGAGCAGUCAGUGCUCUCAACCGCUGAGCCAUUUCUCCAGUCCCCUAAUGUUCAUCUUUUAAACACGUCCCCACCUCCCCACCACACUCGGAACAUUCACUGCUCUGAGACAAACAGUCUGACUUUCGGGUAUGUUGUUCCCUCCGCCUGGGACGUCCCCCUCCCUGUUAGCCAUCAAUGCUGGUGGCUUCUCACAGGAUCUCCAGACCUAAAGAGCUGGGCAGGACAGAAGUGGAGAACCGGGGUACAGACCCUGAUGUAGCCCCACUGAUCUCUGUAUCUACCCUCCUCCACACACACACACACCAGGCAAGAGCUCCCACAUGAUAGCCCUGGAGGGGAGAUUGCCUCCUUUAAUUACUGCUGGCUCCCUCUGUUCUCUUUAUCCUUUGCUGAGUCAGGAAGAGUCAGCAGAGUAGGGUUCAGGUCCUCCUGCGCCCCCUGGAGCACCAGCCCUGCAAGGGCUUCCUAGGCAGGAUCUUGCAGGAAUCUGGGUGGAGAAGGGACAGGCCAGGACAGCACUUUAAAGGCAGGGCAGGAGAGCAAGUGUAGCUUCCAAGCUGUCUCCAGGUCCUCUGUGCCCUGGGUAAGAACAGGACGAUGUCGUUUUGUUUUGUUUUUUGAGACAGGCUUUCUCUGUGUAGCUCUGGCUGUUCUGGAACUCCCUCUGUAGACCAGGCUGGCCUUGAACCCACAGAGAUUCACCUGCUUCUACCUCCCCAGAGCUGGGAUUAGCUGCAUGUGCCUCCACACCCAUCUUCAGGACAACAUUUUUUAUAUAUAGUGAAGUCCCAGGUCUCGUUGUCUCCGCUUCUCCCAUCAUUCAAAUCGUCUCCUGUUGCUAGGUCAGUUUCCUGUGUCAGAAUCAGGAAAAGGGGCUGCCAGAGCAUCCAAGAUUCCUGGGUGAGGCUUGGCCACAAGAAAGCUCUAGAACUACAAGAACAAUAGAGGAUUCACGAUUGUGGCAACACAGACCCCUGAGACAAAAGCAGGAAGAUCUAGAGUUCUAGGCUAGCCUGGGUUUAACAGUCAGAUUUUUGUCUCAAAACCAAAACAGAAAAAAGGACAAAGACUUGGAGUCUGCUUGUGGCUACCCGACUGGAUGGGUGCUGGCGUGAGACCAGUUCAAGGGCAUGUGGUGGGGGUAGGGAGAGGAACUGGCUAGGCUGAUCCAGCUCUCACUUGCUGGCUGGGUGGCCUUGGGCUCUGCCCUUCUAGACCUCUUCCUCACCUGCUCCUCGAGGACACUAGUGUGGCAUGGGUGACCUUCCUUGGCUGUGACUAAAAAUAUCCUAUCUGCUGACUUUUCCAGCUCACAGGAAAUUAACUAUGGAAAUGGCACCCAGAGUCAUCUUCCCAAAACUCAGUCUCUAAGUCUAUAACUGUUUCUAUCUUUUACGGACUUCUCUCUGGAAUUAUCAGUUCUUGGUUUAGAAAAACUCUUUAUGCAUUAAGGAAGCAAGCCUUUCGUCUGUUUUGCCUCCCCCAGGUUGUCCCACUGUCUUUUGACCUUGCUGUUGGAAUUUUUUUUUUUUGCAAAAGUAUGUUGUUUACCUGUUUGUGUUUAUUGCAUUUGCGUGUUUUAACGUGUCUAAAGUUGAGUAUAUCAAACUCUUCGUUCAUGGUGCCAGAAUUUCUGUGUGCUGCUGAGGAAACCCUUGCCCAGUUGAAGGUUUUCUAUGUUUUCUGCUGAUAAAAAAAAAAAACCAUCUUGUUGAUGAUAAAAUUGAACUGUCUCACCAGGUGCCUUCUCCACCGGCCCUUGUACAGCCUGACCUGGAGGACAGGACAGCGUCUGGCUCGGGCUGCCCACAAUGGCCCUGCUGACACACUUGCUGGUCUGCGUCUUUGGCAUGGGCUCCUGGGUGGCUAUCAACGGGCUCUGGGUGGAGCUGCCCCUGCUGGUGACUGAACUGCCUGAGGGCUGGGACCUGCCCUCCUACCUCACUGUGGUCAUCCAACUGGCCAACAUAGGCCCCCUCCUAGUCACCCUGCUGCAUCGCUUCCAACCCGGCUGCCUGUCUGAGGUGCCCGUCAUCUUCCUCAUCCUGUGCACAGGCACGGCUGCCUGCAUCCUCUUGGCCUUCCUGUGGAACGUGACCUCCUGGAUCCAGGGCAGACAGCACAGCGUAGCCUUCAUCGUCCUCACCUUCUUCCUGGCCCUGGUGGACUGCACCUCCUCUGUCACUUUCUUGCCCUUCAUGAGUCAGCUGCCCACGUACUACCUCACCACCUUCUUUAUAGGAGAAGGGCUCAGCGGCCUCCUGCCCGCACUGGUGGCUCUCGCCCAAGGCUCAGGUAUCACCACCUGUAUCAAUGCCACAGAGACACCGGGCACCGCCUUGAACCCUGUGACCACAGUGGAGACCCACAUCACCCAGACAACCUACAGCCCUUCCCUGCCGCCCCUCGCCUGGCACUUGGAAAGCCGCUACCUGGCCCCACGCUUCUCACCACUGCUGUUCUUCCUCCUGCUCUCCUUCCUAAUGGGCUGCUGCCUGGUGGCCUUUUUCCUCCUGCAGCGGCAGCCCUGGGGACGGCAAGGCUCCAUAGAGGACCUUCUCCACUCCGAGGUUACCCUACACUCCAUCAGGCCUCGAGACACAGAGGACACCGGCUCGCUGGGUGCCCCUAUAAGCAGCCCGGGCAAGGGGUCUGUGGAAGUCAGUGUCGCCCAACUCCACCCAGCCCAGCUGGCCUUCAUCUACUCCACGGUGGCCUUUGUCAACGCGCUCACCAACGGGGUGCUACCCUCCGUGCAGACCUACUCCUGCCUGCCGUACGGACCUGUCGCCUACCACCUGUCCGCCGCCCUCAGCGCUGUGGCCAGCCCUCUCGCCUGCUUCCUCCCAAUCUUCCUGCCUAACAGGUCACUGUUGUUCCUGGGGUUGCUCACACUGUUGGGAACCGGCUUUGGGGCCUACAACAUGGCCAUGGCUGCCAUGAGUCCCUGCCCCAUCCUGCAGGGUCACUGGGGUGGAGAAGUCCUCAUCGUGCUCUCCUGGGUGCUGUUUGCAGCCUGUCUCAGCUACGUCAAGGUGAUGCUGGGUUUGAUCUUGCGUGACCGGAGCCGCAGUGCCCUCUUGUGGUGUGGGGCAGCGGUGCAGCUGGGCUCGCUAAUCGGUGCCCUGCUCAUGUUCCCCCUGGUUAAUGUGCUGAGACUCUUCUCCUCUGCCGACUACUGCAGCCUGGACUGUUCUGUCUAGCCUCGCUCAGCCACCAAAGGACACCAGGACACCAUUGCUGAGGUGGAAAACCAGAACCCAGAGAGGAAAAGACUAACAACUGUUAGUUCUGUUGAAGACUAACAACCCCACCCCCUUCUCCGUGUGGUCAUAGAUCUGGGUCUGAGCUUUUUAACAAACACAGAAGCCCUCCUCCCGACCUGGAGUUGCAAAGCACAGCCCUCCCCCAACACUGUGCCCUAGUUGCAGACUUCAGUCUUUGACUUCUAAGAGCUCUGGUUUGUCGCAUUCAACUGGUAGCCCAAGGAUGUUAGGGGGAGAACCCCGGGAGAUUAAGCUGCCCCUUGUUUGGGGUGGAAACCAGGGAAGUCUCUUGACUGUCUAGGCCUCUUUUUUUCUACUUAAAGGAGGGUGAUAGUAAGUAGCCUUUAGCUUGUAGGCUUAGGCAUCUAGCAGGCUCCCCUGAACGCUCUCCUGUGUGGACCUCCUUCUCAACCCAGCCUGGAAGUGGUCAAAGGGCUUAGGAGGACCCCUGCCUCCAUCCCUUUUCUGUGUCCCAAGGAAAGUACCUCUGCAGGAUGCUGUCUACAGAAACCCCAGGAUCUCUGCCCUGGGUCCCAGUACAGUUCUCUGCCUUCCCUGUCCCCCAGGAUGGUGAGACCCUAAGAUAAGUUGAGGGAAGCCCUGCCUGUGUGAGUGAACCCCACCAGGAUCAGAGUGGACAGUUAGGAUCAUCAUAGAGGGAAGUCUCAGGCAGGAGAGGUUUUGUCUGUAAUUAUUAUUCCGUUUUUAUAUUCCUUUUUAUAAAAAGUAAAGCUUUCCAUGCUUUUGCACUGGG